GCGACUCCCAUACAUCCAUCUCUCCUUCCUUCUUACAGCAUCCCAAGUCAGGUAAACAUCCCACUCCGUUUUUAUCAAGCCGGUCUUCAAUCUCGUCGACCGCGCCACGGGGUGCGUAUCAAAGCUUCGAUGACAGCGCCACGGUGGAUCAUUUUCGACGGUCAGCGCCGCUUGGAACGAUUUUCAUGUUGGGUUGUCCGCCUGUCACUGUCCCGUUUACAUCUCCGGCAGAUCCAAUUUGUAUUGAAGUCAGACAAGCUUUCGACCCUGUGGCCUGAGGUUCGUUCUGGCACGCUGUCUGGAUGCCGUCGCUAUCCGUUCAAUCGUCUAUAUUUGUGUUUUAAUGAUGUUCUCCGGUAAGCGGUCCCUCUUUCUUGACGAUAAUGCUACUCGUGAUUCUUUUCUGUCCCUCCACAUAGGCUCCGGGCUGUUGAGACGACAUUACGGAUGUUUGAUGGUGCAGUGAGGCCCAUUUGAGGUCGCUCACAUGUUCGCUCAUGCCCAAGUCCUCACGAACGCAUAAGCUCCGAACCUUUACCUCUACCUUUUUCUCUGCCUCUGUCUUAACCGAAGGACCUGGAGGACGCCGCGUCACUAGUACUGCUAUUAUUGGCGACUUUAAUCACCGUUGAGCAGGGCAACCUUCUCGCCGCACCGCUCCAUCAUACGUUUGUACUUCCAUUGUACUUUGACGGCGUUUACAAUGAUUCAGCCUGGACUUUCAGAUACGUACGUUUCUGGAAUAAAGGCCGAGGCAGCUGAGGUUUCUCUUCUUUCUUUUCGUCCAUUAUGUUUCUUUGUCCUUCACGGCUUAGAAGUCGACCGCUCUGACGACUUAUCGUUUCUUUUCAUCCAGGCAGGAAAUUCACGACAUCUACAUAGCCACCUGUCGCUCUUUCAGCUUGACCUUUCUCGUCCGCCCAAGGGGUAUCCAAGGUACACGCCCAUAAACGCACGCACGUACAUACACACGGAUGGAUCUCGAAAAACUCCCGAUCUCAAGAUUUCGGAAGCGCACCGGAGAGCUUGAGUGUAUGCUCCUCAAGACGGUUAGACCGUCGUUUGGUGCAAGAUUCCGAACAAUUGAGUAAUUGGCAGUUGCCGUCUAUGUUUCCCCAUAUAUGUGCGUGUACAGGUACGAUCAAGGUGUCCCUUGUGUACUCUACCAAGCAGCCACAGGCGAGGAAAAACCCGAUGACGCUGGUGGAAAGCUCCGAACGCUAACGUUCUAACUCCCAUGGUACGCUUGCGACGUGUUGCUUUACGGCCGCGAUGCUCGUGGCACUGGCCGUCGUCUUAAUGAACUGUCAGUCGUGGGUCAUACGUAUCUAACGACAUCAAUCGUGUUCCUGGUAUAAUGAACCGGUCGGGUAUCUCCUACCACAUUCCGGUAGUCGUUUCACC